ACGCGAGCGCGACUUCGUUUACUUGACUUGCAGUCUUCGCCCGCCAUUCUCUCCCCCACUCGGCUGCGCAUUGGAAUCGUUUCUCUCGUUCAAUCGAUCAGCACUCGAGACGUUCUUCUCUCAAUCUUCUUCGACUUCCCUAACAGAUCUGUUGAUUCUGCAUCUCCAUAUGAUACGUUCACCUCCAAUUCGUUGAAAUCUCGUUCCGACGAGCUCAGCAUCCUUUGCUGGUCGGAGAUUAGGGUUCGGGCGCAUCCAGAAGUUUGAUUGAGUGGCUCAACGGAUCACACUCCCAUCUAUGGAGAAAAACAGUUCAUUAAAAUACUACACAUUGGCGAACGAGCAUCAGCAUCAAUGGAACGGGGAUUUUGGGCCGCCCACCGGCGACCGUAGAUAUGCCUAUACGCGCCAAGCUUCGUUCCACCAAUCGCAUGAGCCCCACACCCCAUUCUCUAUCUAUCACGAUGAUUCAUCCAAGCCUCUGCUUUCUCGGAGCGCGUCGGGCAUCGAUAUGCCCGCAGAGUCUCUCUCGUUCGAAGAGACAGAGAUGCUUGCUGGGGAAGGGAAAGGAAUGCGUGGAAAGCCAUCCGUUUUGCUCCUGGUGGCUUCACUAUUUAAGGCUAUAAGGUCGGGGAAUAGGUACAUGAAGAGAUUGUUUUGGUUGAUUUCGCUCAACGUGGUGUAUUCAACGGCAGAAUUAGCUAUUGGCCUUUUCACGGGCCGUGUCGGUUUGGUUUCGGAUGCAUUUCAUUUAACAUUUGGCUGUAGCCUCCUGACGUUCUCUUUGUUUGCGAUGGCUGCGUCAAGGGAGAAGCCUGACCGAUUCUACACUUACGGGUAUAAGAGGCUAGAAGUCUUAUCUGCAUUCACAAAUGCUCUCUUUCUUUUGUUUAUGUCAUUUUCUAUAGCUGUGGAAGCCCUUCACGCGUUCAUACAAGAUGAAUCUGAGCACAAGCAUUACUUGAUUGUCUCAGCAGUUACCAAUUUAGCAGUGAAUCUAAUUGGUGUUUGGUUCUUCAGGAACUAUGCCAGAAUUAAUCUCGUAUAUAGAAAGGUAGAAGACAUGAACUAUCACUCAGUUUGCCUGCAUGUUCUUGCAGAUUCAAUUCGCAGUGCAGGUUUGAUACUGGCAUCUUGGCUCCUAUCCCUCGGGGUUCAAAAUGCAGAAGUUUUGUGCAUGGGACUCGUUUCAGCUACAGUGUUCAUGCUUAUUAUGCCACUUUUUAAAGCGAGUGGUGGCAUAUUGCUACAAAUGGCACCACCAAGCAUUUCAAAUUCAGCACUGAGCAAAUGCUGGAGACAGAUUACUGCUCGAGAAGAGGUAUCUGAGAUUUCACAGGCUCGUUUUUGGGAGGUGAUCCCCGGGCAUGUUGUUGGCUCACUAACCAUACGAGUAAAGGAUGGCAUGAACGAGCAUUCAGUGCUCCAGAUCGUGCACAGUUUGUACCAUGAUCUGGGCAUACAAGACUUGACAGUACAGACAGAUGAAUCUUAAAGGAAGUUCAGAAUAUUUGCUUGCUAUGGAUCUCAUCGUAUUUUGCUCCGAGUACAAUUCUAUUAUUGGGAUUGAGGAAUUCUAAUUCCUUUCCCCAUUUAUUCCCACCCAGUCCUGGAGACGUUCCUGGAAAGAUGGCAGCUGCAGAAAAACGUUUGAUAUUUUCAUAUGUGGCCCAGUGGUUUGUAGACUAGUAACUUUUACACCUAGCACUCGCUGUUGAUAAAAGUGACAGCUGCAAUUUUGCUCUGGAGAUUUUGCGAUUCUUGUAUCACAAGCAUCUAAAAAGGUAUAAAAUUAUACAUUCUGUUCGAGACGUUUCUCUUCUUGUUGUGUUUCAUCCAAAGUUCGAGCUCGGGAAUACUUUCUUCAGAAACGGCUAGCUCCUCUUUUCGAGCCAGAACUGUAAUAAGAUUCAUGAGAUUGUAGUUUUACUUUGGCAUAUAAAGUCUCCUUUGGGGCUUUAA